AAUGACGUGAUGUCUGCUGCAGCUGGACGUGGCGUAGCGGUACCCGUCCGGUUGGCAGACUCCCCUAGGGACGGGGAGGGACGGGUGGAGCUGUUCCACGACGGCGUGUGGGGUACUGUCUGUGACGUGUUAUUCGGUGUUGCUGAGGCCAAACUCGUCUGUGAGGUACUCGGGUACAGUUAUGGCGGUCUUCUCCAGCCAAAAAUGACGUACGGGUUUGGGCGUGGCCCUAUCAUGGUCGACCUUGACUGCCCGUGGGAUGCCACUAAUCUCGGCCAAUGCAGUCAAACAGGAUGGAGUCAAAACCCACCGAGUGUUUGUAAUCACGACGCGGAUGUGGGCGUGGCCUGUAGGACAUCUCCAUCCGAAGGACUUUGA